GUCAACUUAAAAGUCAGUUGUUAAACACUCGUGAUUAAAGCUCAGUUUAAUACAAAAAAACGGUAUUGAAAAAGUACGGGUUAAUUAAUCAAGUAUUUUCCAUCAAACUUUUCAAAUUUAUUCGAGGUUAUAAUAUAAUUUAUCGACUUUUUUUUUGUUUAUAUUUUGCAAUAAAAAUAAAUAAGAUAUGAAGACUUAUCAACAAGUUGAAAUGGAGAGACUAAUUGAAAUGAAAUGGCUGAUUAAAAAGUCGAGAAUAGACGCUUUUAAUACACAAAAUGCGAGCUCUUUUUCAAACAGAUCACUUUUACAGUGUGUAAUAACAAAAGAGAUGAUUGAAGAAGCUAAAAAAGGUAUUCAAGAUUGCGAUAUGCAUCCUGUGGAUCGUCAGAAGAAAUUGAAAAAACUGCAUAAAAGUCUUAUGUAUAGGUUGAAUACACUAUUUGUUCAUGAACCACGACUCAAAAAAAUAUGCAAAUAUAUGUAUAAUAAACUUGUUUUUUCAUGCUUUACGGAAUAUGCAUUUUCGCCAUCAUACGAUGAUAAUGAGAAAAAACUAAAUGAUCUUAAAUAUGUAUUGAAAUUCUGUGGAUAUAAUUUAACGUAUGUUAAAGUAUUUGGAUAUCAUUUUUCUCAUAUAAUGCCAUUGAUUAAUACCAACUGUCCAGGUCUUAAGAAACUUGUUGUAGUGCUUAAAGAAAUAGAAGAUAAGGAUUUUGAAAAUGUUUUUUCUAAUAUGCAUCAACUUGAAACGCUAUCGGUUCUAUGGGAAUGUGAAAAAUCAACGCUGCCAAUGACUUUGAUCAAGUCAUUAGAAGAAGUGGGUGGAACCUUGAAAACGUUAAGUUUUACAAGUAAUUCGAAAGAUGGUUGUUUCUUACCAGAUUCAUUGGCUCCGGUAUUUUCUCAGUUAAUCGCUCUAGAACAUUUGGAUGUACAUGGUUUUCGAUUGAGUCAAGCAGUAAUUCAGUCGAUAAGUGAAACAAAAAGUUUAACUGAGUUACAUUUACUCCUGCCUCAUGAUCAUCCAAUGAUUAAUGAAAAAAUCAAUAUGUCUCCAAUUGGGAAUUUAAAAAAUCUUAAAAGACUAUCUAUUCAUUGGAAUUGCGGUGAUAUAGAUGAAUUAUUCAUUAAUCUCGGUGAUAAUGCUAAAAAAUUAAAAGAUUUUCAUAUACUUGGUACAAAUAUAACAGAUAAUGGUAUGAUGGCAGUCAAUAAUUUGAGUCAAUUAGAAGUGCUAAAUCUUAGUUUAUGUACAUUGAAUAAAACGAAUAAUUUCAUCACUGAUAAAUCAAUUCAAUGUUUACUUAAUGAAAAAUUGCAGUCUUUAGAUUUAUCAAAUUGCACUAAAAUUUCGAAUAGAUCAGUAAUUACACUCUUUGAAAAUUUACCUAAUCUAGCAUAUCUAACACUCAGAAAUACAAAUGUUACUAUUGAAGCUGCCAAAGAAUUAUCUAAAUUAACAAAAUUUCAUAAAGAAAAACUACGUGUAUUCGUUCCUUUUAAAGAUUGUAAUGGUAUUUUUAAAUCAAUAUUGGGAUCACAUAACGUUGAAUUUAUGUUUGAAUCUAAUUAA